AAAGAAUAUACCACCCACUACUGAAUAUCACACGAAAUCUUCCAUUCUUGAUUUCCAUCUUUGCAUUUUCUCUUUUUAGCAAAGACUUUUGAGUUUUUGAAGAUUUAAUUUUCUUGGCUGCUGUGCUAUAAUGGGCAACUGCGUGCGUACUUCAGCUAAAGUUGAUGCCUCUUUGAGCUCCAAUACCCUCUCUGGUUGCUUCUGAACCCGCAAGAAUUGCUACCAAUAAAACAAGCAACUCCUCCAGUGUGUCCUCCAUUAGUAUUCCACCAAAUGGGAGGCAAAGCCGCAAGAUUGAUAAUAUCAUACUGGCCCCACGUUCUGAAAACGAAAUAUUGUUCUCACCCACGGUUAAAUCCUUCCAAUUCAAUGAAUUGAAGAAUGCAACUAGAAAUUUCAGACCCGACAGUCUUCUUGGAGAGGGAGGAUUUGGUUACGUGUUCAAAGGAUGGAUUGAUGAACAUACCCUUACCGCUGUGAAACCUGGUUUCGGCAUGGUUGUUGCUGUGAAGAGAUUAAAGCCAGAAGGUUUUCAAGGUCACAAGGAGUGGCUGACUGAAGUUAAUUAUCUCGGGCAACUUCACCAUCCGAACCUGGUGAAGCUUAUCGGUUAUUGCUAUCAAGGCGACCAUCGACUACUGGUGUAUGAGUUCUUGCCCAAAGGCAGCUUGGAAAAUCAUCUAUUCAGAAGGGGACCACAACCCCUUGAUUGGGCUACAAGGAUCAAAGUUGCUAUUGGCGCAGCUAGAGGCCUUGCUUUCCUGCAUGAUGCUAAAGAGCAAGUUAUAUAUAGGGAUUUUAAAGCUUCAAAUAUUCUCUUAGACGUGGAUUUCAAUGCAAAGUUGUCUGAUUUCGGUUUGGCAAAGGCAGGUCCUACUGGCGGUCGCACUCAUGUAUCGACUCAAGUAGUGGGCACACAUGGUUAUGCUGCCCCAGAGUAUGUAGCAACAGGCAGGCUAAGUUCAAAGAGUGAUGUAUACAGCUUUGGAGUUGUUUUGCUUGAACUGCUGUCUGGGCGCAGUGCAGUUGAUAAGACGAAGGUUGGAGUGGAGCAAAACCUCGUGGACUGGGCACAACCAUAUUUGGGAGACAAGAGGAAAGUAUUUCGUAUGAUGGACACAAAACUAGAGGGGCAGUACCCUCUGAAAGCAGCAUACACUGCUGCCAGCCUUGCCAUGCAGUGCUUAAGCCUGGAGCCUAAACUCAGGCCAACCAUGUCCGAGGUUUUGGCUGCACUCGAGGAGCUUCAAGCUCCUAAGGCUUCUUCCCGAAGCUCUAGGCCUGAGGCUCAACGCCCUUCUAGUAAUCGGACACAGAAGCAGCCGCUGCCUUCAUCAUUGCUAAAGUCAUCAGCAGUAAGGUGAUUAGGUGAGGCUGAGAUAGACUUUCCCUUGUAUAUUUAUGGUAUUAGCGAGCUUAUAUUCGUAUUAAGCUUGCUUUUGUUUUUGGUUUUUAUAUUUCUUGUAUCUGUGAAUAGAUAGAGUAGUUAUGAAGUACUACGUAAUAGAUCAGUUAUCGGCAUGCAGUGAUUGUUGAAGUUUGAAGAAUUUUAUACGAGUAAAGGCUGUUCUGUUGAGUAAACCUGUCCCUCAAAUGAAAAGCCAGUACUUC